AGAAGAAAAACAAUGCAAAGAUAUUGGUUGAAAUUUAUUCAAUAAAAGUUUCUGCACGGAAGUUUUCUGCAUUAAAAAAGUUUUUGUAAAAAAGACCCAAAAUAACCUCAAUAUUAUGUAUUUUAUCACGAAAUCAUUUAUGUAUCUGAUUUUUUUGUUUAAAUUUUGUGAAUUUAUUUUUUUUCCUAGAUUAAAUUAUACUGUUAAUUUGGUUGAAUAAAUACAUUGAUUGAUAGUUAAAAGUGUUAUAAAAUUUAGUGUAAAUUAAUUGUGUAAAAAAAACAACUGCAGAAAUAUUGGUUGAAAUAUUGGAAUAAGUGAUAUUAAAGUGUAUAUAAAGUAACUUGUCUGUACAAUACACAACUAUUGGAUGUUCACCUGACCUUCAGGGGAUGCUGAUGCAACGAUGCGUUCAAAGCCCCCUCCAGUGUCGUAAAAGUGAACUACAACCCUACUUUGUGCUCUCUUCCGGUAAAUAAAUGAAAUUAUUUAAAAAAGGCUUUCGUAAUAAAGACACGUGAAUGUGUUGGUUACCUUAAAUUGUGUCUUUAUUACAAAAGUUUUUUACAAUUUACUGAAUUGUUUGAAUUUUGUAAACAAGAGUUUUUGCACAUCAAAUAUUGUUGACCAUAUGUCAUUUUAGUUUAUUUCCUUGGAUCAUUCACGUUUAUAAUUUCUUUUUACAUCAAAUUAUGUUAAAUACAGUUUAUUGAAAUAAAAAAUUGAGAAAAAAAAUGUGUUUCCAAAUGAAGUACGUAAAAAUAGUGUAAAAAAAAUCAGUGCAGAAAUAUUGGUUGCGUCAAAAAAAGCAACACAUUUUUAAACACCGACUUUAUUUUGACAAACUGAUUUCAUAACAACAUUGUCAGCAUAAUUUCAUGUAAAAAACAUUCAUUUUACACAUUUUGAAUGCUAAAAAUUCAGUGUCCAAAAUGUUUUUUAUUGUAAUAAAGAAAAAGUGGCGACUUGUCCAGGGUGUACACCGCCUUCCGCCUGAUUGUAGCUGAGAUAGGCACAAGCGCCCCCACGACCCCAAAGGGAAUAAGCGGUAGAAAAAGGAUGGAUAAAGAAAAAGAAGCUGCUUACAAAGAGUCUGAAGUAAAACAGUUUGAUGGCUGGGAUAGGCUCUGCCUCUGAGAAGGACAAACGGUAGAAAAUGGAUGGAUUUGGAGACCACAGGGAAGACCCAGGACACGUUGGGAAGACUAUGUCUCUCGACUGGCCUGGGAACGCCUCGGGAUCCCCCGGGAAGAGCUGGACAAAGUGGCUGGGGAGAGGAAAUACUGGGCUUCCCUGCUUGGGCUGCUGCCCCCGCGACCCGACCUCAGAUAAGCGGAAAAAAGUGGAUGGAUUUUAUAAACAUUGUCAGCAUAAUUUGAUGUAAAAAAAACAUUAAUUUGACAAAUUUUGAAUGCUAAAAAUUACAAAAAUUCAGUGUCCAAAUUUUGGGGGGGAAUAAAGAAAAAGAAACUGCAUACAAAGAGUCUGAAAUAAAACAGUUAAGAUAGGUUUCGCCUCUGAGAAGGACAAACGGUAGGAAGUGGAUGCCUGGACCGGCAGGAGUUCACGGGGAAGACCCAGGACACGUUGGGAAGGCCUGGGAAUGCCUCGGGAUCCCCUGGGUGGAGCUGGACCAAGUGGCUGGGGAGAGGGAAGUCUGGGCUUCUCUGCUUAGGCUGCUGCCCCCGUGACCCCACCUCAUAUAAGGGCAAGAAAAUGGAUGGAUGGAUGGAUUUUGUAGACAUUGUCAGCAUAAUUUGAUGUAUGGAACAUUAAUUUUACACAUUUUGAAUGCUAAAAAUUCAGUGUCCAAAAUGUUUUUUAUUGUAAUAAAGAAAAAGUGGCGACUUGUCCAGGGUGUACGCCGCCUUCCGCCCGAUUGUAGCUGAGAUAUGCACAAGCGCCCCCGCGACCCCAAAGGGAAUAAGCGGUAGAAAAGGAUGGAUGGAUAAAGAAAAAGAAGCUGCAUACAAAGAGUCUGAAAUAAAACCGUUGGGAUAGGCUUCGCCUCUGAGAAGGACAAACGGUAGGAAACGGAUGGCUGGUCCGGCAGGAGGCCACGGGGAAGACCCAGGACACAUUGGGAAGGCCCGGGAACGCCUUGGUCCUGCCCUGGGAGGAGCUGGACCAAGUGGCUGGGGAGAGGGAAGUCUGGGUUUCUGUUGUGGCACAUGCGCAUUCUGUGUCUCCCUCGCUGCAGGUCCAACCAGAGGACCUGCUGACACUCCAGACACGCCCCCUCCACUGCAGGUCCAACCAGAGGACCUGCUGACACUCCAGACACGCCCCCUCCGCUGCAGGUCCAACCAGAGGACCCGCUGACACUCCAGACACGCCCCCUCUGCUGCAGGUCCAACCAGAGGACCCGCUGACACUCCAGACACGCCCCCUCUGCUGCAGGUCCAACCAGAGGACCCGCUGACACUCCAGACACGCCCCCUCCGCUGCAGGUCCAACCAGAGGACCUGCUGACACUCCAGACACGCCCCCUCUGCUGCAGGUCCAACCAGAGGACCCGCUGACACUCCAGACACGCCCCCUCCACUGCAGGUCCAACCAGAGGACCCGCUGACACUCCAGACACGCCCCCUCCACUGCAGGUCCAACCAGAGGACCCGCUGACACUCCAGACACGCCCCCGGCGCUCAUCAAGCAGACCGCGCCCACUUUCUGCCGCAGUCCACGCCUGACACACCUGUGACUGAUGACGUGAAGCCGUAUACAGGGACAAGUGGACCAAGGAUCAGGGCGGGAACUUACUAUUUAGGUCCAGUAAGCGAUCACCCUGCUUUAUGCAAUCCUGCUCUCCAUGUGUUCUGCCUCUCCGGGUUCUCAGUGUCUUCUCCCGUGUCCCCGCAGAACCCUCCGUGGCCUGUGCAUCUCCUCCUUCGUCCCUCGACUCCUCGCCCGCCCCUGGACUCUGACGCCUUCCCCUCGUUCCCUGAUCCUGCCGGCCCAUGGACUUCCUCGCUCCAACACUUAUGGUAAAACGCUCCAAUUAAAACUUCACAUAGUCUUACACCAUACACACUCUUGGGUUUUUGACACACACCAUUCUAUAGUUUAUUUGUAUUGUCUGUUAUUAUUGUUUAGUAUUCCAUCCAUCCAUUUUCUACCGCUUAUUCCCUUUUGGGGUCGUGGGGGGCGCUGGCGCCUAUCUCAGCUACAAUCGGGCGGAAGGCGGGGUACACCCUGGACAAGUCGCCACCUCAUCGCAGGGCCAACACAGAUAGACAGACAACAUUCACACGCUAGGGCCAAUUUAGUGUUGCCAAUCAACCUAUCCCCAGGUGCAUGUCUUUGGAAGUGGGAGGGGCCUAUCCCCAGGUGCAUGUCUUUGGAGGUGGGAGGGGCCUAUCCCCAGGUGCAUGUCUUUGGAAGUGGGAGGAAGCCGGAGUACCUGGAGGGAACCCACGCAUUCACGGGGAGAACAUGCAAACUCCACACAGAAAGAUCCCGAGCCUGGAUUUGAACCCAGGACUGCAGGACCUUCGUAUUGUGAGGCAGACGCACUAACCCCUCUCCCACCGUUGUUUAGUAUUCUCAUAUAUAAAUUAUUGAACAUACUGCCACCCGGUGUCCGUUUGCCGUCACCUCCACUUAGUAAUCAUAACAGUUCCUCUGCUUAGGCUGCUGCCCCCGCCACCCCAACCCGGAUAAGUGGAAGAAAAUGGAUGGAUGGAUGGACCAUGAUACCGCAGCCCGCCUUCGAUCGCGCGCCCGUCCACACCUGUGCUCCUCCCCCUCCUUGGCACGUGCCCACGCGUGCUGCUGUGCCUUUAAGUGGACUUCAAAGCCGAUUAGCGCUCCACGCCGCCGUCAGUCCGCGAACAUCAUCGGCGUCUUUGUGUCCCCUCAUCCUCAUCGCCCUACUGACUUCCUGUCCUCCGUCCUCGGGGAGACCCAAGUGCGCCCACGCAGCGACGCGGGAAACUUUCCGUCCCGCGCCAAAACCCGGAUUAAGUUCACCCGCGAACCGGAGCCAUGUGACGGCGCGCGCAGUAUCUCGGGACGCAUCCCCGCGGACAUGCAGAAGAGCGUGCGCUACAACGAGGGCCACGCGCUCUACCUGUCGCUGGUGGCGCGAAAGGAGGGCGCCAAGCGCGGCUUCCUGAGCAAGAAGAGCGCGGAGAACAGCCGCUGGACCGACAAGUUCUUCGCGCUCUACCAGAACGUUCUCUUCUACUUCGAGGGCGAGCAGAGCGCGCGACCCUCGGGCAUGUACCUGCUGGAGGGAUGCACGUGCGAGCGCGCCCCCGCCACCAAGGUGACGUCACUGAGCAGCAGAGAAACUCCCGACAAGCAGCAGCACUACUUCCUGGUUGUGUUCGGCCAUGACGGUCAGAAACCUCUGGAGCUGCGCUGUGAGGAGGAGGCGGACUGUGUCGAGUGGGUGGAGUGCAUCCAGCAGGCCAGCUACUCUGACAUCAUCAUGGAGCGUGAGAUCCUCAUGCAGAAGUACAUCCACCUGGUCCAGAUCAUGGACACUGAGAAGACCGCAGCCAAUCAGCUGCGCACUCAGCUGGAGGACCAGGACACGGAGAUCGAGAGGCUGAAGGCGGAGAUCGUGCUGCUGAACAGGACCAAGGAGCGCCUGCAGCCCAACCACGGCCACCAGGACGAGGAGGACCCGGACAUCAAAAAGAUCAAGAAGGUGCAGAGCUUCAUGCGCGGCUGGCUGUGCCGCCGCAAGUGGAAGAUCAUCGUGCAGGACUACAUCUGCUCGCCGCACGCUGAGAGCAUGAGGAAGAGGAACCAGAUCGUCUUCAACAUGGCGGAGGCGGAGACGGAGUACGUGCACCAGCUCUCCAUCCUGGUCAACUGCUUCCUGCGCCCUCUGCGCAUGGCCGCCAGCUCCAAGAAGCCGCCCAUAAGCCACGACGACGUCAGCAGCAUCUUCCUCAACAGCGAGACCAUCAUGUUCCUGCACGAGAUCUUCCACCAGGGACUCGACGCCCGCAUGGCCAACUGGCCCACGCUGGUCCUAGCCGACCUCUUCGACAUCCUGCUGCCCAUGUUGAACAUCUACCAGGAGUUUGUGCGCAACCACCAGUACAGCCUGCAGGUCCUGGCCCACUGCAAGCAGAACCGAGACCUGGACAAGCUGCUCAAGCAGUACGAGUCCAACGCCGCCUGCGAGGGACGCAUGCUGGAGACCUUCCUCACCUACCCCAUGUUCCAGAUCCCUCGCUACAUCAUCACGCUGCACGAGCUGCUGGCCCACACGCCGCACGAGCACGUGGAGCGCAAGAGUCUGGACUUUGCCAAAUCCAAACUGGAGGAGCUGUCCAAGAUGAUGCACGACGAGGUGAGCGACACGGAGAACAUCCGCAAGAACCUGGCCAUCGAGAGGAUGAUCGUGGAAGGCUGCGACAUCCUGCUGGACACCAGCCAGACCUUCGUCAGACAAGGCUCUCUGGUGCAGCUGCCGUCCAGCAGCGAGCGAGGCGUGCUCAGCAAAGUCCGCCUGGGCUCGCUCUCGCUCAGGAAGGAAGGGGAGCGGCAGUGCUUCCUGUUCACCAAACACUUCCUGGUCUGCACCAGAACUUCGGGAGGGAAGCUCCACCUCCUCAAGCAAGGAGGCGGAGCCUUGUCCCUCAUGGAGUGCACGCUCAUCGAGGAGCUGGACGCCGGCGACGAAGACUACAACGCGGCAGGUCAGGGUUUCAACCACCUGGAGUUCAAAAUCGUGGUGGAGCCCCCUGAUGGUCAGACCUUCUCCGUGGUCCUCCUGGCUCCGUCCCGCCAGGAGAAGGCGGCGUGGACCAGCGACAUCAGCCAGUGCGUGGACAACAUCCGAUGUAACGGCCUGAUGACCAGCGUCUUCGAGGAGAACUCCAAGGUUUCCGUGCCUCACAUGAUCAAGUCAGACACCCGCCUGCACAAGGACGACGUGGACAUCUGCUUCAGCAAGACGCUCAACUCCUGCAAGGUUCCUCAGAUCCGCUACGCCAGCGUGGAACGUCUGCUGGAGCGCCUGACCGACCUGCGCUUCCUGUCCAUCGACUUCCUCAACACCUUCCUGCACACCUACCGCGUCUUCACCAGCGCCGCCGUGGUCAUGGAGAAGCUGGCCGGCAUCUACAAGAAGCCCUUCACCUCCAUACCUGUCAGGGUUGAGCAGCACUCAUGUGACCGCCUGUCCGUCAUGUCCCUCUGUCCCGACUACACCCUGAAGACCACCCAGCUGGCUCUGGAUCAGUCCAAGUCCCUGGAGAUCUUCUUCGCCACCAACCAGGGCUCUUGGGGCACGGACCCCCUCAACAACAAAUCCCCCCGACUGUGCCGCAAGUUCUCCUCGCCGCCCCCGCUCUCCAUCCCCUCCCGGACUUCCUCUCCCGUCCACUGCCGCAAACUGUCCCUCAGCUCGCCGGUCGGCGGCGCCAAGGCCCUGGACCUGUCUCCCACCCCCUCCUCCUCCCCGACGUCCACCCACUGCCCCGCCCUCCCUUCGCCGCCCCCCGGCUCCCCGCGCCCGCCCUCCGGCUUCUCCUCCCCGCCGCCCCCCGGCUCCCCCCGCCUCCCCCACGCAUCCUCCCCGCCUCCCGUCUCCACCAAGGCCCCCCUGGACCUCAGCCGGGGUCCCAGCUCGCCCGAGCUCAGCCCGGGGCCCGGGGACGACUUCAGCCUGGAGCUCCCGCGCAUCGACGCCUUCUGCGGGAAACUGCGGCGCAGCAUCCGGCGAGCUGUCCUGGAGUCCGUGUCCCUGGACAAGUUCAUCCCGGAAGCCCCGCCCGGCGGCGAGUCGGGAGACGUCUCGCCGUGCCGCUCGCCGUCCACGCCCAGACACAUGCGAUACAGACCGGCGGGAGCGUCGUCUUCGGGGGACAACUCUCGCUGUGCCAUGUCGCCCGCCUCCGCCUUCGCCAUCGCCACGGCGGCGGCGAGCCACAGCAGCUCCCAGGUUUUCAGCAGCUCGGACAAGUCCUGUGACAAGGAGUUGGUCAUCCGCCGGGCGGCCACCAACCGAGUCCUCAACGUGCUGCGUCACUGGGUCUCCAAGCACUCGCAGGACUUUGAGAGCAACAGCGAGCUGAAGGUGGGCGUGGUCAGCCUGCUGGAGGAGGUUCUGCGGGACCCGGACCUGCUGCCCCAGGAGAGGAAAGCCACCGCCAACAUUCUCAGGUGGACAUCUUUCUCCUUGCUGGCGUCCAAAACUGCGACACCUUUCCUCUCUUCCAGUGCUCUUUCUCAAGAGGAACAGGACGACGCUCAGCUGAAGAUCGAGGACAUUUUACAGAUGAAAAGUUGUCCACUUCUUCACUUCAUUGCGACGGAGAAUCCAAAGGCGGAGUGUUUUGAGUCGCUGUCAGCAAUGGAGCUGGCAGAACAGAUCACCUUAUUGGACCACAUCGUCUUCCGUAGUAUUCCUUAUGAGGAGUUCCUGGGUCAAGGCUGGAUGAAGGUGGACAAGACGGAGAAGACUCCUUUCAUCAUGAAGACCAGCCAGCACUUCAACAAUAUGAGCAACCUGGUGGCCUCUCAGAUCAUGACCCAGGUGGACGUGGGCUCUCGGGCCGCCGCCAUGGAGAAGUGGCUGGCGGUGGCCGACAUCUGCCGCUGCCUCAACAACUACAACGGCGUGCUGGAGAUCACCUCCGCCCUCAACCGCAGCGCCAUCUACCGGCUGAAGAAGACGUGGGCCAAAGUCUGCAAACAGACCAAGGCUCUGAUGGAGCGUCUGCAGAGGACCGUGUCGUCCGAGGGACGCUUCAAGAACCUGCGAGAGACGCUGAAAAACUGUAACCCCCCGUGCGUCCCCUACCUGGGCAUGUAUCUGACCGACCUGGCUUUCAUCGAGGAGGGAACGCCCAACUUCACAGAGGAUGGCCUGGUCAACUUCUCCAAGAUGAGGAUGAUCUCCCACAUCAUCCGAGAGAUCCGUCAAUUCCAGCAAGCUCCUUACAGGCUGGAGCACCAGGCCAAGGUCACUCACUUCCUGCUGGACAAGACGCAGGUGAUGGACGAGGACACGCUCUAUGAGCGCUCCCUCAAGACGGAGCCGCGGGUAUCGCCGGGCUAGCCACGUCUUCGCUUCACUCCCACGGCGGUGCCUUCGCUCGACUGUUACAGGUCACCUGACCCGGAACCGGAGCCAGAACCAGGGACGCUCUUACAGGGCUUGGAUCAGGUUUGGGGCGUUGCCUAGCAACCGAUGUUACUGUGAUGAAAGACUGCGUUUCUGGAGUUGUGUCUACGUUACCAAUCCACUCAGGUGGAGCUGGAAGAAAGUUCUGGGUACUUAGUCCAAGCUGUGGUUCCGCGAAAUGCUGCAUGACUUCAGUCAAGACUGUUAGCAGGGGUUAGCUAGAGAGUUAGCUUGCGUGUGAGACAAAAACAAAAAUUCCACUCUAAAGCUGCCCAGUCGUAGACAUGUUGUAAGAGUACAGCAUGGAGCACCACUGUAACAUGGUGCUGACGAGACGCGGGGCCGCCAUCUUGGAGUGGUGAUCAGCUCCACUCAGUGCAAUUCAUUUGUCAGAAGCAAUCAACUCUCAGCGCGUUUCCUUCAUCUUACCUCACUGAAUACCACUCUUUUUCACCCCCCUUUUUUGUCAUACGUGUAGCUAUGAUAAAGGACACAUGUUUUAUUAUUCAUAGUUUGCUUAAAAGGGAACAUUAUCAUUACCUAUGUAAGCGUCAAUAUAUACCUUGAUGGUGCAGAAAAAAAAACAUAUUUUUUAACCGAUUUCCGAACUCUAAAUGGGUGAAUUUUGGCGAAUUAAACGCCUUUCUGUUUAUCGCGAUGACGUCAGAAUGUGACGUCGCUGAGGUAACACACCCACCAUUUUCAUUUUCAACACAUUACAAACACCGGGUCUCAGCUCUGUUAUUUUCCGUUUUUUUUGACUAUUUUGUGGAACCUUGGAGACAUCAUGCCUCGACGGUGUGUUGUCGGAGGGUGUAACAACACUAACAGGGAGGGAUUCAAGUUGCACCACUGGCCAGAAAUCUGCCGCCAGACCCCCAUUGAAUGUGCCAGAGUGUCUCCACAUUUGACCGGCGAUGCUAACGCAGACAUGGCACAGAGAUGUAUGGAUAACCUGCAGAUGCAUUUGCAACGAUAGUCAACGAAAUCACAAAGGUGACUUUUGUUGAUGUUGACUGCCAGCUAAUCGAUGCUAACAUGCUACGCUAAUCGAUGCUAACAUGCUAGUUACCGGCGGUGCUAAAGCAGACAUGACACAGAGAUGUAUGGAUAACCUGUAGAUGCAUUUGCAACUAUAUUACGUUUCCUUCCACCCACAUUUAAUGCGAAACAAACACUUACCAAUCGACGGAUUUAAGUUGCUCCAGUGUCAAAAGAUGCGAAAGUCCUGAUCGUUUGGUCCGCACAUUUUACCGCCGAUGCUAACGCAGCUAGUCGGCCAUGCUAUGGCUAUGAAUAGCGUCAAUAGCUAUUCGCUGAAUAGCUUCAGUUUCUUCUUCAAUAUUUUCAUACUCCAACCAUCUGUUUCAAUACAUGCGUAAUCUGUUGAAUCGCUUAAGUCGCUGAAAUCCGAGUUUGAAUCCGAGCUAAUGUCGCUAUAUCUUGCUGUGGUAUUCCCAUUGUUUGUUUACAUUGGCAGCACUGUGUGACGUCACAGGGAAAUGGAUAGUUGCAUCGCAAAUAGCGAAAAUCAAGCACUUUAAAGCUUUUUUUAGGGAUAUUCGGAGACCGGUAAAAUUUUGAUAAAAAUUUCAAAAAAUACAACAAGCCACUGGGAUCGGAUUUUUAUUGUUUUUAACCCUUUUGAAAUUGUGAUAAUGUUCCCCUUUAACAGUAAUAGAAUAUUCUUAUACACUAUAAGUGAGCAGGCGUCCGAGAUCAAAACUGGGAAGGGGGUGAAAAUGGUCAGCUAUUUUUAAGUUGAAGAAACAAUAUAAUUAGGUUAUAUCAGUGGUUCUUAGCCUGGGUUAGAUCGAACCCUAGAGGUUCGGUGAGUCGGCCUCAGGGGUUCGGCGGAGGUCAAAACACACCCGACUCAUCGUCUCAAUAAAAACUUCUCCCAAUCGGCGUAUUACGGAUACGGCAACAGCAGAAGUCACACUGACUUGCAGGUGUGAGUUUAUGCAGUCUAGUGUGAGUUUAGUGUGGGUUUUGUUGUUUGAACAAGGUGAUGUUCAUCAAUCAAUCAAUCAAUGUUUAUUUAUAUAGCCCCAAAUCACAAAUGUCUCAAAGGACUGCACAAACCAUUACGACUACGACAUCCUCGGAAGAACCCACAAAAGGGCAAGGAAAACUCACACCCAGUGGGCAGGGAGAAUUCACAUCCAGUGGGACGCCAGUGACAAUGCUGACUAUGAGAAACCUUGGAGAGGACCUCAGAUGUGGGCAACCCCCCCCCCCCCCCUCUAGGGGACCGAAAGCAAUGGAUGUCGAGCGGGUCUAACAUGAUACUGUGAAAGUUCAAUCCAUAGUGGCUCCAAGACAGCAGCGAGAGUUCAGUUCAAAGCGGAUCCAAGACAGCAGCGAGAGUCCCGUCCACAGGAAACCAUCCCAAGCGGAGGCGGAUCAGCAGCGUAGAGAUGUCCCCAACCGAUACACAGGCGAGCGGUCCAUCCUGGGUCUCGACUCUGGACAGCCAGUACUGGUCAUCGGACCGGACCCCCUCCACAAGGACAUAGGAGAAAAAAGAAAAGAAGCGGCAGAUCAACUGGUCUAAAAAGGAGGUCUAUUUAAAGGCUAGAGUAUACAAAUGAGUUUUAAGGUGAGACUUUAAUGCGUCUACUGAGGUAGCAUCUCCAACUGUUACCGGGAGGGCAUUCCAGAGUACUGGAGCCCGAACGGAAAACGCUCUAUAGCCCGCACAGUUCGUUUUGUGCACCAGUAAAAAAAAAAAACAUGGUAACACUUAAGUACGGGGGACAUAUUCACCAUUAAUUAGUUGCUUAUUAACAUUCAAAUUAGUAACAUAUUGGCUCUUAACUAGUCAUUAUUAAUGCUUUAUUCGGCAUGGCCUCAUUAUAACCCGAAGCAAAUAACUCCAAAUUAAGUCUUUGUUACUUCGAAUAUGUUCUUCAUACUAAAGUGUUACCAAAAACAUAACUUUGUCUUGAAUUAAAAAAAUUAAAUUAAAUAUUUAUUUUUCACUAUGAAGGGAAUGCACAUAUGGAACUAAUGGGGUUCGGUACCUCCAACAAGGUAAAGAACCACUGGGCUAAAUAUACAUGUGUAUAUACUUGUAGAUUCCUAAAGUAGCCUUAAGCUCGACGCUCCUCUACUAUCACAUUCACUCCACAGAACAAAACUCCAGACGUUCUUCUUGGUUUGUAUGGUUUACUUAAUAAUUCAAAACAUAAAACAGUCACGAUGUGGGAACAAAUGAAUGACAAAAUAAAGAGAGUUUGUUGCAGUACGAGUUGGAAAAAGGAUGAGUGAGGUCAAAAAACUGUGUGGCUCGAUUCCACUGCACCUGACAGCAAUUACCCAUAACACCUUGCGUCCAAAAACCCCUUACCACACAGAUCCUUCCGCCAUAUAUGCACUUAAAACAGUUCCAUCCAUCCAUUUUCUACCGCUUAUUCCCUUUCGUGGUCGCGGGGGGCGCUGGCGCCUAUCUCAGCUACAAUCGGGCAGAAGGCAGGGUACACCCUGGACAAGUCGCCACCUCAUCGCAGGGCCAACACAGAUAGACAGACAACAUUCACACUCACAUUCACACACUAGGGCCAAUUUAGUGUUGCCAAUCAACCUAUCCCCAGGUGCAUGUCUUUGGAGGUGGGAGGAAACUUAAAACAGUUAUGUCAUCAAAUCAUUUGGACAAAUGUAAUAAUCACAAUUAAAGUGAGCUUUAUAUAAUUACUCCAAGCAAUUUUCUUAUCAUGCAAAUAAAGUAAAUAGUCCCCUUCUGGCUGAAUAAACAUAAAGCACCUUCCAUAAAAUGUAAAUUAACUUAAACAGUAUUUAGGCUCCUACAAUCCUACAUAAAAAAAUGUAUGAAUACAUUAAAUAUCUAUAUAUAUAUCUAUAGAGCAGUGGUUGAAUGAAUGAAUGAAUGAAUGGUUUAUUUUGAGCAAAACAAGAGAAUGACAUAAAAAGAAAAGAAAUAUAUAAAUACAUUAUUUUUACACCUACAUUGAAAACAUUACAUGUGACUAAUCUUUUGUAGAUGUCAAGAUUGGCUCAAAAGGGAGUGGGAAGAAGUCAACUUAUUAGGUCCCACCCCUAUAUAUAUACAUAUUUACAAUAUACAAUACAAUAAUAUAUAUAAUAUAAUUCAGUUCAGUGGUUGCUGCGUGGAUGCUAUAUAUUAUUUAUAUAUAAUACAUUUAAAUUCACACACACUUACAUAUAUACAUACGUACACACACAUACAUACAAUUUACAUGGUGCUUCUCAACCUUUUUUCCGUGAUGUGCCCCCUGUGAACAUUUUUUUUAAUUCAAGUACCCCCUAAUCAGAGCAAAGCAUUUUUGCUUGAAAAAAAGAGAUAAAGAAGUAAAAUACAGCACUAUGUCAUCACUUAAUAAUUUAUUAAAUUGUAUAACAGUGCAAAAUAUUGCUCAUUUGUAGUGGUCUUUCUUGAACUAUUUGGAAAAAAAAGAUAUAAAAAUAACUAAAAACUUGUUGAAAAAUAAACAAGUGAUUCAAUUAUGAAUAAAGAUUUCUACACAAAGAAGUAAUCAUCAACUUAAAGAGCCCUCUUUGGGGAUUGUAAUAGAGAUCUAUCAACUUCAUUCUAAACAUUUCUUCACAAAAAAAUAAAUCUUUAACAUCAAUAUUUAUGCAACAUGUCCACAAAAAAAUCUAGCUGUCAACACUGAAUAUUGCAUUGUUGCAUUUUUUUUCACAGUUUAUGAACUUACAUUCAUAUUUUGUUGAAGUAUUGAUUGAUAGUUUUAUUAGUAGAUUGCAAAGUUCAGUACAUAUUCCGUACAAUUGACCACUAAAUGGUAACACCCCAAUAAGGUUUUCAACUUGUUUGAGUCGGGGUCCACGUUAAUCAAUUCAUGGUACAAAUAUAUACUAUCAGCAUAAUACAGUCAUCACACAAGUUAAUCAUCAUAGUAUAUACAUUGAAUUAUUUACAUUAUUUACAAUCCGGGGGGUGGGAUGAGGAGCUUUGGUUGAUAUCAGAACUUCAGUCAACAGAGAAAUGGACAUUGAAACCGUGUAGGUCUUAUUUAGUAGGAUAUGUACAGCCAGCAGAGAACAUAGUGAGUUCACAUAGCAUAAGAACAAGUAUAUACAUUAGAAGUACAUUUGAGUUGUUUAUAAUCCGCGGAGAUGGGAUGUGAAUGGAGGAGGGUAUUAGUAAAGUGUGGAAGUUGCCUGGAGGUGUUGUUUUAGAGCGCUUUUGAAGGAAUAUAGAGAUGCACUUACUUUUAUACCUGUUGGGAGUGCAUUCCACAUUGAUGUGGCAUAGAAAGAGAAUGAGUUAAGACCUUUGUUAGAUGGGAAUCUGGGUUUAACGUGGUUUGUGGAGCUCCCCCUGGUGUUGUCAUUUACGUUAAGGAAGUAAUUUGACAUGUACUUCGGUAUCAAGGAGGUGUAGCGGAUUUUAUAGACCAGGCUCAGUGCAAGUUGUUUGACUCUGUCCUCCACCCUGAGCCAGCCAGUAUUAUUCAAUAAAUAUAUUUACACAGGAUUUUUUUAUUUGUUGCUAUUUUUAGAAUAUUUGAAAAAAAUCUCACUUACCCCUUGGCAUACCUUCAAGUACCCUGAGGGGUACGCGUACCCCCAUUUGAGAACCACUGACAUAAGUGACCAGACGUCCCAGAUCAAACUGGGAAUAUAAUCCCAGAGGAAAUGGAAAAAAGGGGCAGCUAUUUUGAAAUUGAACCACCAAUCUGUUUCACUGGAUUCAGAAUAAAACCCAAUUUUGUCUUACUCAACAAUGUUAGUAUUUGAAUAUUGUUACUUGGUGACAAUUAUACUGUUAAGAGAGUAUUGUCUUAUAGUUUGCUUCACGGUGGAAGAGGGGUUAGUGUGUCUGCCUCACAAUACGAAGGUCCUGCCGUCCUGGGUUCAAAUCCAGGCUCGGGAUCUUUCUGUGUGGAGUUUGCAUGUUCUCCCCGUGAAUGCGUGGGUUCCCUCCGGGUACUCCGGCUUCCUCCCACCUCCAAAGACAUGCACCUGGGGAUAGGCCCCUCCCACCUCCAAAGACACGCACCUGGGGAUAGGCCCCUCCCACCUCCAAAGACACGCACCUGGGGAUAGGCCCCUCCCACCUCCAAAGACAUGCACCUGGGGAUAGGCCCCUCCCACCUCCAAAGACAUGCACCUGGGGAUAGGUUGAUUGGCAACACUAAAUUGGCCCUAGUGUGUGAAUGUUGUCUGUCUAUCUGUGUUGGCCCUGCGAUGAGGUGGUGACUUGUCCAGGGUGUACCCCGCCUUCCGCCCGAUUGUAGCUGAGAUAGGCGCCAGCGCCCCCUGUGACCCCAAAAGGGAAUAAGUGGUAGGAAAUGGAUGGAUGGAUGGAUGGAGAAUGCUUCAUAAUCAGUGGCGGCUGGUGAAUUUUGUUUUAGAUGUCACAAUAAUUUAUUUAAACUUUAUCUUAUUCAAGUUUGACAUUUUUAAAUGUAAUUAAUUUCAUUCAAAACGGUCAUACCCUUGUUUGCUAAUGGCUAGGAUUUCAGUACUUUUUGAAGAUAUUUGCUCCUUCUCAACUUAAUAUUCUUUUCACAAAAUACGUGAAUAGUACGUGAAUGUGAAAAGUAAUCCCCCGUUUCCUAUUUUCAACAGUCCCCUCAUUUGAGCAGGAAAAGGUUGAACACCAUCUUUGUUUUCUACCUGUCAACUGUCAGUUUAGGCUGCUCAUCACCACUUCAAGAUGGCCGCCCAUUUUCUCGCGUCACAGCAGCUAAUGUUGCGUCUACUUCUAACAUGUCUGUGCGUUACCUCGCAACUGAUGUUACCGUGAAUAAAAACACCGCGUUUUUGGAGGUUCUCGUAGAAAUGUUUGUUCUACGUUAGCAAUCCACUGAAAGUUGUGGUUCUUUGGUCCAAGCUGUGGUUCCGCUAAAUAAUGCACGAUUUCAGUCAAGACUGUUAGCGGGGGUUAGCUAGAAAGUUAG